CACUCUGUUCCCCACGCCUCCUAGUCCUUUCAGCUUCUACUCCUAUUCAUCUUCUCUGUCUCUUCCAUCUAGCCGGCGACGAGGCCGCACCAUGGCGCAGCCGGACGACGGCGACGAGGCACCAGAGCAAUCAACAUAUAUGGCAGCACAUCCAUCGGGACCUCCUCUGCCCACAUCUCCAUUCAUGGUGAGUACAACCUUCUGCACGAGAAAUUAUAUCCUUCUGAACCACGUUCGAUUGAUUUCAGUACUCUCGCAGCAGUCGCCAUGGAACACAGUUCCACCAUGGACGAGCAGCGCAACAAGAAACGGUCAGGAGUUUCAAGAUGGAAAUAUGGCAGCCCAUCCAUCGGAACCUCCUCUACCCACACCUCCUCCACUAAUGCAAUCGCAGAACACAAUUCCACCGAGGAUGAGCAGCACAGCAAGGAACGAUCAGGAUUUGCAAGAUGAAAAUAUUGUUCCAAGAGUUGGGAAGACCUUUCAGUGUGAGGAAGAGGCAUAUCAAUUUUACAAUUCUUAUGCUCAAACCAAAGGAUUCAGCAUUAGGAAGUGCCACCUUAAGCAUAGAGGAGAUGGGACUUUAAGUUCUAGAUAUUUUGUUUGUAGCAAGGCAGGUGUGAAGGGCACUCAUCCGACACAUGUAGCCAAGAAAGAACAAGCUAAUUCGAGAACUGAUUGCAUGGCUCGUGUUCAAUUCAGCAUCACUCGGGAGGGUAUUUGGAAUGUGCAGAAAGUCAUGCUCGAUCACAAUCAUCAGCUUGUAAGUCCAGAUAAGAGGCACAUGCUUAGAUCGCAGCGUCAACUCUUAGAUGCCGAUCGCCAUAUGAUUAAGCAGAUGAGGACAUCGGGAAUUAAACAAGCUGAAAUAUAUGAUUUCUGUGAGCUUUGGUAUGGUAAAGAUGCAGUACCCUUCUUGCAAAUGGAUUGCAACAUUUUUUUACGAAGUGAGCGCUCAAAGUAUUUGGAAACUAAAGAUGCUCAAACAUUAACAGAGCAUCUAAAGAACAAGCAAGCUGAGGACCCUUCGUUUUUCUACGCCAUGCAACUAGAUGAUGAUAAUGGCACAAUAAUGAAUAUCUUCUGGACCGAUGGACAAGCUAUCAUGGAUUACUCUGUCUUUGGAGAUGCCAUUUCCUUUGACACCACAUUUUCAACAAAUAAGUUUCAAAUGCCAUUCGCUCCGUUUAUUGGUGUUAAUCAUCACAAACAGACUAUUGUUUUUGGUGCAGCACUCUUAUAUAAUGAAACUGCAGAUACCUUUGAGUGGGUUUUUAGAACCUUCCUACAAGCUAUGUCUGGUAAGCAGCCUGAAAUAAUAUUCACCGAUCAAUGUGCUGCCAUUAUAAAUGCUAUUGGAAGGGUUUUUCCGGAAACACGACAUCGUCUUUGUUUAUGGCAUUUGUACCAGAAUGCCGCUAAACAUCUAAGCCAUGUAAUUAGCGACCAUCCUUUGUUCCUUAAAGAAUUCAAAAGAUGUGUGUAUGAAGAUAGAUCAGUGGCACAUUUUGAGAAUAGAUGGCAUGAGCUCUUGGUUAAGUACCAGAUUGGGGGAAAUUCUUCGAUAAACAAUCUGUACAAGUUGCGUGAGAAGUGGGCUACUAUUUAUCGUCGGGAGUCUUUUAGUGCAGACAUGACAUCAACACAAAGGAGUGAAGGAAUGAACAAUGUGUUCAAGAAAACUUUCCGCAAAAGAUUAUGCCUUUCAGAAUUGAUACAAGCAUAUGAGAAGUGCAUUGCUCGUCUUCGCCGGAAAGAAAAAUACGAAGACUACAAGUCACGCCAUACCAACCCAGUACUCUGCCUACCUAGCCUACCUUUGUUGAAGACUGCAGCGGAAUCAUAUACUAGGACGCUCUAUUCCGAGUUCGAAGAAGAAUUCAAGAAGCAAUUUAGUUUGUCAUGUAUUUUGCUGAGCACUGAUUACACAGUUAGCACUUACAAGUUGACAUCUUUUGAAUACAAGAAUGAUGAAGCCAUAGUGGCUUUUAAUCCAACUACUUUGGAGAUAUGGUGUUCAUGCAAGUUGUAUUGCUGUAUAGGUAUAUUAUGCAAGCACACUCAUAAGGUUUUGACCUGCUGCAAUAUCAUCACCCUGCCAAGUCAGUUCAUAUUGAACAGAUGGACAAAACAUGCAAAACAAGAAAUUUUUACUUCCAAACCGAAUACCGAUGAUAGCCUAGACUCUAUGUUUGCACAUACUUCUCGAAAAAUGAUGUCACUUGCAUUGAAGUGUAAAACUUCGAAGGAGGUUCUUACAUAUCUGAACGUUGGUAUUGAUAAGUUGGCUUUGGAAGCACAUGAAUUACUUGGCAAUCUAAACUUAGAUGAGGAUGAUGAUUCUGAAAGUUCCUCCGAAAUGAAUGAAUAUGUUGCCAAGACAAUGGUGUCAUUCAAAGCUCCUGAACGAAUAAAAGGUCCAAUGAAAAAAAGAUCAAAAGAUGUUCUAGAGGGAGCAAAGAAAGGGAAAAGGAAAGGAAAAAGUACAAACCAUCCAGCAAAGGAGUCGGUGCUUGUUCCACCUACAAUUGGCCCUUCAGAAUUCGCCGGUGCAGCAAAGGAGUCUGCUCACUAUAUAUUGUUUGCAGCUGUGGCCGCCGCCCCCGGUGCUCUCCCCCGCGGCUGGACUGACCUGACAGUGUGCAAAGAAGACAGCCCCAAAACUGACGACCAAGGGUACAUCUUGCCAACGAUUUGAGCUGCUCAUGUUGCCAGUGAUGACCAAGGAUAAAUGUGCGAAAGGAAGGAACUUUGUAGUUUGUACAAAAUUCUGUAGUUUGUUCAUCUUGUCAAUGAUUUGAUGAGGUACUGAUACAUGUACAACUUUUUGUAGUUGGCACAUCUUGCCAGUGAUUGAGCUGCUGUUGUAUAAAAUAAUUUGAUGUACACUGUGAAUAGAAAUUCGUGGUAAUUGACAAAAGAGAUUUUUUGUAAGGCAAGAAUACAAGCUGUUGUGUGUAAUGUUGCUUGUACAUGACUCUUUUGCAAAAUAUGACUGCACUU